AGCUAAAAUCCUAAUUUAUGGGAUCUCGCAAAGCUAUCCACCAAAUAAAGAUUUCUAAAAAAAUAGAACAAAAACCCACCUCCAACUUUCUGGGAGCUUUUGAUUUGGUGAUCAGUUCGGGUUCUUCAUUUCUAUUAUUGCACAUUUUAUCUCCAAAGAUCAUAGGAAUUCCUGCAAUUUUUCUUAUUGCCUUGAUAUCCCACUUGCAUUUCAAUCAAUUCGUAUAUGGGUUUUUCAUUGAAUCUUUUCAUGGGUCUUAUUUCUUGAGAUUGGCAGUAUAUAGAGGAAGGUUAAAAUUUUUUGUUGGUAUAUAUUUGCAUAAAAUUCUUCUGUUGUUUAUAGAUUGUUUGAGAUGGGUGUUGACGCGAAGAAUGUUCUAGUGUACAUGUGGAAAACUCUUAGAUUUCUUAUGAUUACCAGUUAUAGAUUCAUACAGAACUACCCUUUGGUUUCGGGAACUUUAAUAUUCUUCUUCCUUCUGUUUAUGUUUCUUCCAGGAGUCUUCUAUUUUUUGAUUUAUUCUUCUCCAUUCGUUGCUUGUUCUGCUGUUUUUGUUCGAGUUUAUUUCAAGUCACAACAAAAAGAUAAAGAUGUGGUAAGGAAUGGAAAGGAGGAGGAACGGAUAUCGUCUGCCAGAUCUAAGUCUCUUGCAGCUGAUGGCGUUGUCAAUAGAAUUAAUGGUGCAUCUUCUCUGCGGCAUCAGAAAAGUGUUCGAAGAAAUUUCACAGAGAAGAAUAGAGAAUGCAAUUCACGGGACUUGAAAAUGGGAGAAAAUAUAAUUUCCAAGGGAACUUUGGAUGAUACUUUGUUUGGUAAGUCUGUGCAGAAGGAAAAAGUUCCAAAAUUAGAAUCGGAGGAGAAAAAUGAGUUCACUUUGAUUCAUGGAGAAAGCGCCUCCUGUAGUGCAUCUGCUUCAGGAAAUGUUCAAUUAUUUGAUGAACACAGACCAGGCUUUGUUCCUGAACCGUCAAUACCUGAUACCACCUCACAAAAUGGCUACGAUGAGGAAUCAGAAAAGUAUUAUGGUAAUGGAGCCAGCGAGCUAGAUGUUUCUUACUCAGAAGGAGAGGAGGAUGAAGAAGAGGCACGAGUGGAUGGGAAUAAUAAGGCUGUAGAAUGGACCAAGGAUGAUGAAAAGAAUCUUAUGGAUCUUGGGGAUUCUGAGUUAGAAAGAAACAAAAGGUUGGAGAGUUUAAUAGCAAAACGAAGGGCAAGAAAAUUAUAUCGAUUGCACGCUGAGAAAAAUUUGAUUGACAUGGAUAGUGCUCCUAUGACUCAAGUAGCUCCCAUUCUUAUUUCGAGAAAUAACCCUUUCGAUAUCCUAGACAAUCCCAAUGACCUCCUGGGCUUGCAAAUGCCUGGUUCUGCUCCUUCUGUUUUGUUGCCGGCAAGGAACCCAUUUGAUCUCCCAUAUGACCCACAGGAAGAAAAACCUGAUCUCACUGCAGACAGUUUCCACCAAGAAUUUUCAGCACCUCAUCAGAAAGAAAUGCUCUUUUGCAGGCAUGAGAGCUUUUGUUUGGGACCCUUUUCCUCAUUGGAACCCAAUCAACUUGGACCUGAGCCUACUAUAAAUCCCUUUUUCAAUAUUGAUAAGAAGGCACCAGAGGGUCCAGGAUUAUCUAGAUUCAAAACCCAGCGAGAUAAGGGAAACCAUGACCAGCUAAUCGAACAGUUAUCAUCCAGAGAAGGUGGUAGCAUGUUUCAUACCGCGAGUGUAACAGAUCUGGUGAUUCAAGGUCCCCAGCCCCCCAAUAAAGUUACAAGCAAAGCUGAAAGCAAUAAGGAAAUUGACAGCCACCUUGACAUGAAAGGAGCAGAGAUCAGAAAAGAUAAAGAUAAGGAGUUGACCUUAAGUUUUGGAAGUGAAACUCAAAUGAAGACAAAUGCAGAGAACAACAUUGAUGGAUCAAGUCCGUCAUCUUCAUCAGAAGAUGAUGAACAUAACUUCAAUCUGAAUAGAGCUAAAGUUUCAGAAGUUCUGCAGCCAACAGCGGAUAAAUUUCCCGAGGCAUUUAGUAGAGCUGUGAAGAAAACCUUCAUUUGCCCAUUGCCCAAGAGGAAAACUGUAAGUGAGCCUUCAUAUGAUUCAAGUCCAUCUGCAGUUGAGAAGCUAAAAAUGGAAGACCGCCCAUUCUACAUGGAAAAGGUUUGUCAUACCCCUAGCCUCUCCAUUGCUUCAGACUUGCAAGUUGAGGUCUCGGAAUUAGGUUCUCCUCUGACAGUUGACGGAAAUGUUUCAUCCGGUGAUGAAGAUUCCUUGAUAUAUGAUGGGGACAUAGAUAGGGAUAUUACUUCUGGUAGUGAAGAAAUGUGGGGCGCCUCAUUUCAUGGUGUUAGAGAAGACGAACGAAGGUUGAGAGAAAUUAAUGAGAUCAGUGAGGAGGAUGCCAUGGGGGAAAGCCUUUCAACUCUGGAGAAGAAGCCAGAAAAUCCGUUUGGAUUAUCCACUAUGUCAGAAGAGGUAGGAGAUCAAGAUUCAAACUAUGUAAGUUCAGAGUCGUCUUUGAGAACUGAAACACCUCAAGUGAGUCAAGCAUCAAUGAGUUUCUCAGAUAACGUCAAACAAGUAGCCGAAGAAGUUGGUGAACAUAGGUCUUCUAAUUCUACUGAUGCAUUGUCAACUGAAGAAGCAGUGCAUAAUGGGGAGGGAUCAGUGGCUUGCUCUCCUCAAGAAGUGAUUCCAGAAAAGCUAGAGGAAGCAUUGACUUCUCCCGGGAAGUCUACAAGGGAGAUAAAGGAGGUUUAUGAUGUGGAUGAUCCAAUAGUGCACGCAAACGGAGAACCUUCAAAACCAGCUGAUGGUGGUGGCAAUGCUGAUAACACCGUUGAGCAUCAAGCUGUGCUGGAACAUGGAACACAAUCUGAGGAGAACAAAAAUAUGAAGCUAAUUGGAGAUAUGGUAGGAGAUGAAGGAGAUCCAAUUGAGCACAAAGAAAAUGAGGAUAUAUCAAAGUCAGUUGAUGGGAGCAAAGAAGUGGAAAGCACUACUGAUGUUGGAGGUUCUGGGGUGAUCAUUCAAAGCUCUACUGAUCCCCUCAGAGCAGCUGAAACCCCGGAAUUUGCGGUUGAACAAGAUUCUAUCAAUUCGAGUACAUCCUCAUCUCCAACGUCCGUAUUACCAAACGAGACCCUGAGAGAUCAAAUAUCCUCAUCAGAUUUUGAUCAGCAAGGUGUCCUACAAUCUGAUACCGAGAUCAUAUUAAGAAAUAGAGCUUUGGAUGAACACCCACCGGAAAAUUUAACUCUGAAUAUGUCCGAAAAUCAAACACCUUCAGUAAGGGAGUCAUUGAAUCAACAAUCUGUUGAUGGUAAUUCUACAAAAUCAGAGGAAACUCAUAAUACUCAAUCAAGUUCUACCAAUUGACCAAAGGUUGGACUUAACAUGAGCAAAUAUUUUUAUGGCAAGGACAACAAAGAAGAUCCUAAACCCAGCAGCAAAAAGGAAAGCAGUAGCCAGUAGGUGAUCAUGAGGUUGCUGCAGAACUCAGAAGGAAGUAAUCAAAGUUCUCUUGAGCGAAUUGAAGGCACAACCGAGAAUCUGUCUGAAUGUGAAGCUACCAUUGACCCCCCAAAAACCAGUAGUGGAACAUGCUAAUCCAAAAAUCAGAGGAAUUUUUGUUAAUGAAGAAGUAGUUUCAUGUGAAUUUUGUAACUUAGCUCUAUAAAUUGUUACAGCCGAUUACGUUAUUAUGACAUGAUGCAGAUUAAUCCUUGUUC